AUGGAUCAUCAUCGCCUACUAGUGUUUGUGGGUUUGCUGUUCGUGGCUUCUCGGCCAGCCAUGGCUGCUGCACCUUCGUGCGGAAUAGUGAGCACCGCACUGGCGCCGUGCCUCUCAUUCGUGAAAGGAGACGACUCCAGGGCACGGCCAUCGGAUGCUUGUUGUGCAGGUGUUAAGAAGAUAAGCGAGUUGGCCAAAUCACACGACGACAGAGUGGCUGUCUGCAACUGCGGCAAGGCCGCACUGUCUAUGAUCGGCGACUAUGAUCCCUCUCUCAUCCCUCUCAUUCCCCAACAAUGCGGCGUGGCCAUUGAUUUGCCUCCAAUCGAUAAAGAUUUCGACUGUUCCACGAUUUCUUUGAUAUGGAAGGCAGAGCGUGACAGUACUGGAGCUCAUGAAAAGUUUACAAGUUAA